AUGCAAAUUUCAAUUACUUUUGGUGAGAGUAGCAAGAAAAAUAAAAGGGUUGUUACACUUAAUAAAAAAUCUGCAACUUCUGUAACUCUGAAAUCUUUCAAAGUGGAUAAGACAAAGUUCCAUGUUAAGAAGCAAAAAGGAAUCACAAUCCAUCAAAAUAGUGAUUGUUUACAAGCUUCUUUUGAACCAGAUGAGUUAACAGAAGAGGAACAAAAAAUGUUUCGCAAUGACGAUGUACAUACACCCAUUCUGCGGGUGCCGGUGUUUGACAGACUUGAAGCAAGCACAACCACCCCACGAGUGUCAACAUUCAAGAGGCUUAAAAAUGGGCAACUCUGCAUAUGUGUGGACUACCGAGACCUUAAUCGGGCUUGCCCAAAGGAUGAAUUCCCACUCCCCAUCACUGAAUUAUUGGUAGAUGCUACUACUGGUUUCGAUGCUUUAUCAUUCAUGGAUGGGUUCUCUGGGUAUAACCAAAUCAAGAUGGCACCUGAAGAUGAAGAGCUCACCGCUUUUCGAACACUAAAAGGCAUAUUUUGCUAUAAAGUUGUGCCAUUUGGACUCAAGAAUGCAGGGGCAACUUACCAAAGAGCAAUGGCCAUGAUUUUCGAAGACAUGCUUCACAAUACUAUUGAAUGUUAUGAUGAUGAUUUAGUGGUCAAAAAAAAAAAAAGGAAAGAUCAUCUUGAUGAUUUAAAAUGGGUCUUUGAUAGACUUAGAAAACAUCAACUCAAGAUGAACCCUUUAAAAUUUGCAUUUGGGGUAGCAUCAGGAAAAUUUCUUGGGUUUAUUGUUAGACAUCGAGGAAUUGAAAUUGACCCUGCAAAAAUAAAAGAAAUUUUGGAAAUGCCUCCCCCACAAUUUGAAAUUAAUUUUGUCCCGCAAAAAGUAAUAAAAGGACAAGCGUUGGCUGAUUUUCUAGCAGCACACCCAAUUCCGGACAAUAUGGAGUUGCGAGAAGAUCUUCCAGAUGAAGAAGUUUUCACAGUUGAGACUUCAUCAUGGAAACUAUUUUUUGAUGGGGCAGCAAGAAACAGUGGGGCAGGUGCUGAAAUUGUCUUUGUGACGCCGUUGAGAAGCCUGAUACCUUACUCUUUUCAUAUUCUGGCUAUAUGCACCAAUAAUGUAGCAGAAUACGAAGCGUUAAUUAUUGGCCUCGAAAUUGUACUCGAAAUGAAAAUACAGUCGUUGGAAGUAUUUGGUGAUUCUUUUUUGGUUAUUAAACAAAUGAGUGGCGAAUUUGCAGUCAAGCAUGAGAAUUUAAUCCCUUACCAUUAA